CGCUAUGGGCAAAAGGAAAAAUAAAUCAGGUACCAAUCUAUCUCAUGAAGAGAUUUGGGAUGACACGGCGCUUGUGCGCUCAUGGGAUGAAGCUGUAGAGGAAUAUAAUCUCUACCAUAGCAUACAUGCGCGCGGCGAGAAUGUGGAAGAAAUCUUGAAUCGUGCUGAAAAGGAAGGCAUCGAUGCUGUUGCAAAUGGUAUUGAGAAGCUUCACGAGUCUAUGGACAUAGAGGAUGAGGUUGAAGAUGCUGUUGCACAGGAAGGAAUUCAGGAGGAUACAACGAGAAUAGACGAGUUGCAAGGCCAUACUGGGCCCUCGGCUUCUGGCGGACUUGUGCCUCCAAAUACAGGCGGAGCACCGAGCGUACCUGACGCCUUACUAGGACAGGUUCAAGAUCCAGCCCUGAAGAACCUGAUGAUGGCAUGGUAUUAUGCAGGAUACUACACUGGGCUGUACGAAGGUCGACAUCAAGUAUCUCAGAAUAAUGAUGCCGGUGAUCAAAAGCAGUGAAUACAGGAUCCAGUCAUUUAAGAGAGUUUUAUUUGUCAUAUUUGUGUGUUUGCUUUUGGGCUCUGUUGCCGUGAUACCCUAUACGUAUUAUUAAUAUCGAAAUCUUAUUAACGAAUGAAUCCGUUUCUCUCGUAU